AUGAAGCCGCUGGAGAAAUUUCUGAAGAAGCAGACGUCGCAGCUGGCGGGGCGAACGGUGGCGGGAGGUCCCGGCGGGGGUCCGGGGAGCUGCGGCGGGCCUGGAGGGGGUGGGGGACCUGGCGGGGGCGGCGGUCCAGCCGGGGGACCGCGGGCGCUGCAGCGGCGUCAGAGCGUGUCUCGCCUGCUGCUCCCAGCUUUCCUCCGGGAACCCCCCGCCGAGCUGGGGCUGGAGCCGCCCCCAGAAGAGGACGGGGGAGAGCCGGCGGGGGUCGCGGAAGAGCUCGGCAGCGGGGGGCCCUGUUGGCUGCAGCUGGAGGAGGUGCCGGGGCCCGGGCCGCUCGGGGGAGGGGGACCCCUGCGCUCCCCUUCCUCGUACUCCUCAGACGAGCUGUCCCCCGGCGAGCCUCUGACUCCUCCACCCUGGGCCCCUCUGGGCGCCCCCGAGCGGCCGGAGCAUCUUCUGAACUGGGUUCUGGAGCGGCUGGCCGGAGGGGCCACCAGGGACAGCGCCACUUCAGAUACCCUGCUGGAUGACAUCGUCCUCACUCAUUCGCUCUUCCUUCCCACGGAGAAAUUUCUUCAGGAGCUGCACCACUUUGUUUGGGCAGGAGGCAUGGAAGGCCCCGAGGGGGUGGGCCGGAAGCAGGCCUGUCUAGCCAUGCUCCUUCAUUUCUUGGACACCUACCAGGGGCUGCUGCAGGAGGAAGAGGGGGCUGGCCGCAUCAUCAAGGAGCUGUACCUGCUGAUUAUGAAGGAUGAGUCCCUUUACCAGGACCUCCGAGAGGACACACUGCGGCUGCACCAGCUUGUGGAAACAGUGGAGCUAAAGAUCCCAGAGGAGAGCCAGCCACCCAGCAAGCAGGUGAAGCCACUCUUCCGCCACUUCCGUCGGAUAGACUCCUGUCUGCAGACCCGCGUGGCUUUCCGGGGUUCCGAUGAGAUCUUCUGCCGGGUCUACAUGCCUGAUCACUCUUACGUGACCAUACGCAGCCGCCUCUCAGCAUCUGUGCAGGACAUUCUGGGCUCUGUGACCGAGAAGUUGCAGUACUCAGAGGAGCCUGCAGGGCGUGAGGAUUCCCUCAUCCUGGUUGCUGUGGCCUCCUCAGGAGAGAAGGUCCUUCUCCAGCCAACUGAAGACUGUGUCUUCACCACACUGGGCAUCAACAGCCACCUGUUUGCUUGCACCCGAGACAGCUUUGAGGCCCUGGUGCCCCUUCCUGAGGAGAUCCAGGUCUCCCCAGGAGACACGGAGAUCCAUCGUGGGGAGCCUGAGGACGUGGCCAACCACCUUACCGCCUUCCACUGGGAACUGUUCCGCUGUGUGCACGAGCUGGAGUUCGUGGACUACGUGUUCCACGGGGAGCGCGGCCGCCGGGAGACGGCCAACCUCGAGCUGCUGCUGCAGCGCUGCAGCGAGGUCACCCACUGGGUGGCCACCGAGGUGCUGCUCUGCGAGGCCCCGGGCAAGCGCGCGCAGCUGCUCAAGAAGUUCAUCAAGAUCGCGGCCAUCUGCAAGCAGAACCAGGAUCUGCUGUCCUUCUACGCCGUUGUCAUGGGGCUGGACAACGCCGCCGUCAGCCGCCUGAGGCUCACCUGGGAGAAGCUGCCAGGGAAAUUCAAGAACUUGUUCCGCAAAUUUGAGAACCUGACAGACCCCUGCAGGAACCACAAAAGCUACCGGGAAGUGAUCUCCAAGAUGAAACCUCCUGUGAUUCCUUUUGUGCCUCUGAUCCUCAAAGACCUGACUUUCCUGCAUGAGGGAAGUAAGACCCUGGUAGAUGGCUUGGUGAACAUUGAGAAGCUGCAUUCAGUGGCCGAGAAAGUGAGAACAGUCCGCAAAUACCGGAGCCGGCCACUUUGCCUUGAUAUGGAGGCCUCCCCACAUCACCUGCAGACCAAGGCCUACGUGCGCCAGUUCCAGGUCAUUGACAACCAGAACCUCCUCUUCGAGCUCUCCUACAAGCUGGAGGCCAACAGUCAGUGA